AUGGUGGCUAUCUCUGAUUUUCGUAAGGGAACCAUAGCCUUAAUCAUUCUAGGUAUUGGUUCCGUCUAUUUUACGUUAUAUCUUAGUAUGUAUAGAGAAAACUCAUAUUUAUCACCAUCUCGUACCGGUGUCCAGCACCCCACGACUCACGGACAUCCAACAUCACAAACAAAGCCAUUAAGUUCAGUUAGGAUAACUGACUUUCGUACUUCAGAUAAACUUGUGGUUUUCCCUACUGAAUUCCAUGAAUCUGAUUUAAAGAAGGCAUAUACUUCAACAUUUGGAGAUAUUCCUAAAGGUUCAAAAUUGAUUAGAUAUAGUUAUCAAUCUCAAGAUAUCUUACUGCAUCAAUUUAAAAGUGUUCCUCAUAACUCAUUUAAUGAAAAGGGAUCGAAUUUUUCUCCAUAUACAAUGACAUUUUUCAAUUCAUUUACAAAUAUUGAGAGUGAAAUGGAUCAAUGUUCGAAACUUGAAAAUGAUGUUGAAUUUGAUGUUAGUAAAUCUCAAUUUCUUGACACUACAUUACAUGAUAUUAUUAAGCAAUUCAGAGAUGAUAACUCUGCUUAUUAUCAAGAAAUCAAGCCUAUUUGGGGUGAAACUAUCGAUAAACAACUUGAAGAAGGUCUGAUAGAUCAAUAUUGGUUCCGAUUAGCAGGAAGUUCAGUAUGGUUGGCUCAAUAUGGAGUUCAUUUUAUGGUUAGUAGAGUAUUAUAUUCAGCAGAAAAGGUUAGAAAUGUUCCAAAUAUUUCAUUCCUUUAUAUUCAAUUAUUUAAUGAAAAUUGGCAAGAACUUACCAAUACAGAAUUGAUUGUCCCUACCAAUGAUCCUUAUAGGGCAAAUGAUCCACAUCUUGAUACAGAAGAUUUUAUUCAUUAUUAUAAAUUCAAAGCACCUGGAUUCUUACCAGUUGCUCAUUAUGUCAAUGAUAUGACAAGAUUUUAUGGACCUGAAGAUCCAAGAAUUUUACUUGUGAAGAAUAAGUUAGGUUAUGAAGAACCAUUAGUUGUUUUCAAUGCAUUCCAUAGGAAGGUGAAAGGAAUUGAAACUGAUGGAGAAGGAACUUCCAAAUAUAGUUUUGAAACUUAUAGAUCAAUGUUUAUGUGUUGGCCAUGGCAAUUUCAAUUUGGUAAAAAGAAUGUUGAUGGGAUUUCAAAUGAAAAUACUGAUAUGAAUUUAUAUUCAAGAGUACAUGAACUUAGAAGAAAGGGUGCCGAAAGAAUGAAAACUCAAAAGAAUUGGACUCCAUUUGUCAGUUAUGAUGAUAGAAUUCAAAAUGGUGAAUAUGAUUCUCAUGUGUAUUUCAUCUAUAGAUGGAUUAAUUUGGAGAUUUUGAAGUGUGACGUUUCUGAUUUAACAUUUGAUCAACCUCUGCAAUGUACCUUUGCGUAUCGUAUGGAUGAAAAUCUUGCCAUUGAUGCUCCCGUUGGAGCUAUGAGAGGUGGUACACAAAUGGUAAAUGUUGUUGAACUUCUUCAUGACACUUAUCGUAAUCAGAUUGAUAUUGUAGAACCAAUAAUUGAAUCAAUCCCACCAAAUAGAGAAAUUUGGAUUGGAUUUGCAAGAGCUCAUUUGACCUAUUGUGGAUGUGGGAAAGAUAUGUACAGACCAAACUUUGCCGUGAUGAUUCGAGAAGACGACAAGUUUAAGAUUCAUACUAUUAGUUCAUUCCUGUCAUUCAAUAUUGAAGUAUUUGGUUGGGACAUGAGUCAACCAGAUGUAUCCUGUGAUGAUGAUGGUCCAAGUGCACUUAUUCCUAAUGGAAUUUCCCUGUGGUACAUUCUGACUGAAAGUUCAAAGAAGGAUGGUAUUAUUGACUUUUUGACAAUGUCUUUCAGUGUUUCUGAUUACACAGUACAAAUUAUCCAUCUUAAGGGUGUUUUGAGAGCACUCCUUACACUUGACAAGAAAAAUCCGAAUAAAUUAUUCGGACAUGGUGGUAGUGUGGAAAUUGGAUACAAUGAUGAUAAUAUCAAUUGUGCAUUAGAAGAAUCGAAACAUUUUUGUUCUUUAUAUGGAGAUGUAUUUAAUGAGAAGAUGAAUCCAAACAACAACGAAGAAGAAGAAAAGAAGAAGGAAGAAGAUGAAAAGAAGAAGGAAGAAGAUGAAAAGAAGAAGGAAGAAGAUGAAAAGAAGAAGGAAGAAGAAGAAAAGAAGAAGGAAGAAGAUGAAAAGAAGAAGGAAGAAGAUGAAAAGAAGAAGGAAGAAGAAGAAAAGAAGAAGGAAGAAGAUGAAAAGAAAAAUGAAGAUGAAGAAAAGAAGAAAAAGGAAGAAGAGGAAAAAAAGAAAAAGGAAGAAGAAGAAAAGAAGAAGAAGGAGGAAGAUGAAAAGAAGAAAAAGGAGGAAGAUGAAACUAAGAAUAAGGACGAAUAA